AUGUGUUGCUCGUCCUAUUUUGGGCUCAACUUCCAAUGCAGUGAAGCCACAAGCGCCACAAUAAGAAAAAAAGAGAAAAACAAAAUACAAUGCAACGGAAUUGGUAACAGCGCCGAUGUCAAAGAUAACGGCAAUGAGAUUCUAGUACAUAGCGAAUUCGAAGACUCCUCAUACGCUGACGAUUUAACCUACCACACAUAUGGCACUGUGGGCGAAUCCGUAGACAAAUCUGGUAUCAAUCCUUACGCCGGAAGUGGGUUGUCACGUGAUGGGACGCCGUUUCAGACGGAAGUCGUGUUCUACAACAGUGACCGGAUCAUUAUUCGCAAUAAGGCGUCUCCGGAAGUUGACGUAAAGCCAAGCACACACGAUGUCAUUCGAAGCGCUUUAGACAUUGACGCAGAUGACAUCAGACGUUUGAAAAUACGAGGGAUUGUCUUAAUGGUUGCCUUGUCACUGCAUAUGAUUUUCGAUGGUCUGGCGAUAGGACUUAUGACAAAAUCGUCCAAGGUUUGGCAGCUUCUUGGAGCUGUUGCUCUACACAAGUGUCUAGUAUUCUUCACAAUUGGCCUCCAGUCUUUGGAGAUUCUCGCAUCCGCAAAGAAAUCCGUGUUUGUUAUUGUAUUCCUGGCCAUUAUUAGUCCGAUCGGAAUCCUUAUCGGCGAAGCUAUAAAUAGUUUCGAUGACGUCACCGCAAGGGAGACCGUUCCUGCGGUUCUGCAAGGAAUUGCCACAGGGACUUUCCUGUUUGUGACGUUUUUCGAGAUUUUAUUUCGGGAAUUGGGCGCACAAGAUCCAGAAUUGCUGAAAAUUAUGUUUAGCUUUAUCGGAUUUGUACUCAUUGCACUUGUGCGCCUAAUGACCAAUGACUAGCACGGUUUAUGACAGCAUAUGGCAAUUUCAACGCAAUAAGUAGAACCAAUACACAGUGAACAUUUGCAGUAAUUUUAAGGUCUGUAUGUGCAAAUGGAUUGCAUGUUGCGAUGGUGUUAUUUUCGCACUUGCUUUUAGGUCAAAAUUUGACCAUUAAAUACAUUAUGAACGCAUACGUUUCUGAAUUGUUUUCGAUUUUCAAGACGUAUGAAUUUGUAAGUAAAGCUGCAUAUACAAAAAUGGACCAUAAAAUUUAAUGACCACUGCGUUAAAGAUG